AUGACGCCGACAUCAGCCCUGCUCCUCGCCUUUCUUGGCCUGUGCGCCCUGAGCACCGUCGAUGCCGCAGUGCCCCUAGUGACGAAAAUCGUCUUCUUCAACUCUUCAUACACAGACGCUAACCACAAAGCCGAAACGGGUGACGACAAGUACAGUAUCGAACUGCGCGAAUGGAACACCUUCGGCCGCAGUUAUCCCUUUGGUGGAUGCUCGGGCAACAUGUACGGAUUUGAUGAAAACUGCACAAUCACGGCGCUCGCGGGUGACGACGCGGGCAAAUUCUGGGAAUCGACUGACUUUUUCCUGCGCAUCCGAAUCAAGAGCAGCCUGAUGCCCGAUAAGGAAGCCGUCCGAUGCAUCGGCUUGGACAAGCAGUCAGAGAACAGUGUCCGGCACUACGUCGGAUCGCUGAAGGUCGGCGACCAUAAAUGCGCCUUCCACCACGACAAAUUUGACGGGUCGAACUGGGCCAAGGGUCAAGUGCGCCAGUGCAUCUCGUGCUGCGAUGACAAAUGGGAGAAUGACUGCGACGGUGGAUAUGUCGGUUCGCUGAUGCCAUACGCCACUAAAGCCCUUCCAUUA